AUGACAGUAAAUACCAAUUUUGGAAACGAUUACCCUGUACAAGUAAGUUUACUUGUACUGGAAGCCGGUGGCCUCCGUACUGCAGAACUCCGGAUCACACCUCGGGUCGUCCAGCGCGAUAGAAAUGUGACAAUGGCCUGCGUAUACGAGCUGCAAGACUACGGUAUAUACUCAGUAAAGUGGUACAGGGGCACUCAAGAAUUCUACAGGUAUUCGCCGUUGGAGAAUCCUACGACAAGAGUUUUACCUGUAAAUGGAAUUAAAAUUGAUAGGUUAAGAUCUAAUGAAACACACGUGGUUCUGAUACGAGUACUGCCAAACCUCAGCGGGAACUACAGCUGUGAAGUGAUCCUAAACGCUCCUGCCUCAUACCCGCACUACACAGCCUCGGCGAGGCUUGAUGUUGUUGGAGUUGGUGGUCUCCGAGCGACAGAUCUACGUAUAUCCCCACCAGUGGUACAGCGAGGGAAUGAUACUACCCUAGCCUGCCUUUACGAGCUUACAGACGCGCCAUUGUACUCUGUGAAGUGGUACAGAGGGCGCCACGAGUUCUACCGAUACUCGCCAACAGAGAGCCCUACUACGAAAAUAUUUCCCUUCGCUGGGAUUAAUGUUGACUUGGCGAGAUCUAAUCAAAGUCAAGUCGUCCUAACAAGGGUCAGCUUCGGCCUGUCCGGAAACUUCAGCUGUGAAGUAACGGCUGAUGCCCCAUCUUUUGCCACGUCCAUUGUUUCUAAUACCAUGGAGGUUGUAGCCCUUCCACCGUCAAUGCCGAUACUACAGACAAGUCAACAUUACUACAUACCAGGGGAUGUACUCCGAGCCAACUGCUCGGUAGGCCCCAGUCGACCACCGGCACAGCUCGAAUUCUUCAUCAACGAUAUGCCUGUAACUCCGAGCUCACAUCAAGUAUACCCAGCGCCAGAAGGCCUCUACCGCUCCGAGCUGUACGUGAACUUCCAGCUGUGGCCAGCUCAAUUUGAGCGCGGGGCGCCAAUGCUUCGUUGUCAAGCCAGAAUUGGAGAUUUGUACAAAGAUGAUGCAGUCAUUGCUCUGUAUUCGGGCAAUAGUGACCCUAAAAUUGAAAGAGUGACAUCACCAGGAUCAGCAUCCCAUUUGCAAGUAUGCCAAUUUCUGAUGUUAAUUCUUAUUGUUGUUUGGGCAAACAACACAUAG